AUGGACUUUAUUGGAGGCGUAAAAGAUAUCGUAGAAAGGGAAGUGACAGACCAACCGGUGCUCCCGCCAGCUCCUCCUACAGCGCCAAAGGAUGGAGCAGCAAAAACCAGUCGUUUCAAGGCAAGUUGGAAUCGGCGACGAAUGCCAGUCAGUAAUCAGACUGCGGCAGGAAGUAUCCCAGCACCAGAGAAAGCCAAGUCAAAAGUAGAGCAGGCGUUGAGUAAAGGCAGCGAGCUAAGUGAGAGAGAGAAAAUUCAUCUGGAAAAUAUUGAAAAGAUGGCGAGCAUGAAUGCCGACGAAAUUGAACGGGAACGGGAAGAACUGCUGAGAAACAUGGAUCCUGGUAUUUUGCAAGCAUUACUAAGAAGAGCCGAGGCUGCUGAAAUUAAGCAACCCAAAGAAUGGGACGAUGGAUCUGAUAGCAAAGAAGCCAAAAGUUCACAGGAGCAAGCGAUUGGAAAAGACCGUGCCAGUGCUACCGCUGGUAGCAGCAGCAGCAGCAAAAACCCCAAAGACCAUUCAAGUGAAUCACAACAAAAAAGUUCAAGACCACAACCGACAAUUGAAUCAGAACAAGAAAACCCAGACACCUAUGAAAAACCAAAAUCACAGUCGAAACCAAGAACAGUACGGUUUGAACAACCAGCAGAACGAGAGCCGGAGAUCCAUGUUGACGAAGACGGUAACGAAUACAUUCUCGAAGAAGACGACGAUGAAGACGAUGCAACCCAACAGCCCGGAAUCGACCUUCACUUUCCCAAACCCCCUACAGUGCCUGAAGAGACCGAGUCUGACUUUUUAGACGAAAUGCAUAUUAAAUACUUCCCAGAUCUCGAAGUCGAGCAAGACAAACUAGCAUGGAUGAGACCCGUAUCAGAAGAAGAGGAUAUGAAAGAGUACUCGGAGUAUCAAGACUCACUAGCACCAUCUGAACUGCGAUUCGACUUUGUCGGCAAACUCAUCACCCCACGACAAAGCCGGCAAAUCAGCACAGAUCUGGGACUCCACCACCACGGAGACGCACCACUGGCAGCAGGAUACACGAUAGCGGAACUGGCUCAUCUCAGUCGCAGCACCAACUACUCUCAACGGUGUAUCGCCAUCCGCACCCUCGGCCGCAUCCUCUACCGACUGGGCAAACUACAAUACGGCAAAGAAAUCUCCAGCGGACUCUACGGACUCGUCGAGCACGCCCGCGUCAACGAAACACUUAUCGAAGCUGCCGACGAAAACCGCACCCGCAGCGUCGCCGUCCGAGCAUACGCUACCGAGGCGCUCUGGCUCUGGAAAGGCCAGGGAAGCACGAUCCGACCUGCCGUUUAA